UUUAUUGUUAAUAAGUAAUUCAAGAAACUGCUCAUAAUAUAAGACAAGAAUCAUCUUUCUUUCCACACCUCUCCAUAAACAGUUGCUCAUACCCAUCCUCUUCAAAUGGCUAGUUCUCCUAUUUUUCUCCUCCUCCUUAUCCUAUCAUCAACCCUACUCUCAGUCAAAUCUAACACAACCACCAUCGAAUCAACUUGCAAAACCACAAACUACUACGACCUCUGCGUCUCAGCUCUCAAGUCCGACCCAAGAAGCCCCACAGCCGACACAAAAGGUCUCGCCGCCAUUAUGGCUAGCGUUGGUAUGACAAACGCCACAGCCACAGCCAGUUAUAUCGCUAAAAAUCUGACCGCUACUGCAAACAACACCGUCCUCAAGAAGGUCUUAAAAGAUUGCUCCGACAAGUAUAUUCUCGCAGCUGAUUCUCUCCGGCUAACGAUUCAAGAUCUUGAUGAUGAAGCUUAUGACUAUGCUUACAUGCAUGUGUUGGCGGCUCAGGAUUAUCCCAAUGUUUGCAGGAAUAUUUUCCGGCGAGCUAAGGGUUUGGUUUAUCCGGCGGAGAUUAGUCGGUGUGAAGUGAGUUUGAGAAGUAUAUGUGUUGUCGUCUCCGGGAUUCUUGAUCGGCUGGCUGAAUGAUUGCAAUUCUACUAUUUUAAUUGUUGUAUUUUAUCAAAUGAAAAACUUUGUUAAAUUUAAUUUAAUUUAUAAAUUGUAA